UUGCUUGGCCUUCUUCCUUUUUCACCAUUGUAGUCUGACGCUGUCGAAUAGCCUACCGUUACGAUUUCAGGCUGUGGAUGUCCAAUAACUUCUCUAUAGGUGUUACCAACUGCACAAUUUCAGCUGGUGGAUGGAAUCAUUUGCAGGUGAAUGUCCAUUGACUCAUUAUAAAUGACGCCAACGUGCUCAUCGAAUGAUUGAGAUAGAGAUUACGAGUGGCGAUCCAUAAUCGCCUACAAAUUUCAUUUUACUGAGGAUGUGUUUCAAAUUGAUGGUUUAGGAAAGCGGGAAAUCAAUUUUCCUUAUGUGAAACGAGACCGUUCAUUUCCCAUCCACAGAAAGCAAGAAGAAAAAAAGCUUCCGGGAAUACUUCAUCGCAGGCAUAUCGCCACGUGUCACAGACAUAGCUUCGAAACUUACUUAGCCACUCAAUAUUUCGUAGGAAAAAUAAUCCAACCUUCAGGUUCUUCCUUCUAACCCGUCAGGCAAACCCGAAGUAUUGUUGCAGAAGGAUGUGAUAUGGCGGGAGCCAUUAACCUUUGCGGUUCCAAGUCAGCCGCAUUACAGAAUCUAGCAGUGUCUUUCAAGGACCCAAAUCACGGUUUCCUUGGUGGGUCAUCGUUGAAGGUCAAGGAUCUCUGUUGGGAAUCCAAACCCAGAUACUCCAGGAGCAGAAGACGCGCAAAAAGACUGGGGCUAGUAGUUGCUGCUGUAGAAGAAGAAACCAUCUCAAAGGGAAGCUAUGAUGGGAGAUUUUACUUCAACUUCACUGGCUUCCCUUUUCCUCUUGGCCCUUUCCUCAACAGGCGCACUAUUAGAACCGAGGCUGUGAAAGGGUCCAUAUGGUUGUUUGAACAAGAGCAAGCAUUAGGGUUCAGUAGUGUAUCCACAAACAUCAGAAUGACCGUCAUCAAGCUCAAAUCUGGAGGCUUGUGGGUUCAUGCUCCCAUUGCCCCAACAAAGGAGUGCAUUCAGCUUCUGAAGGAUUUAGAUGCCCCUGUGGAGUAUAUCAUUCUGCCCACAUUUGCUUACGAGCACAAAAUAUUUGUUGGUCCGUUCUCUAGGAAGUUCCCCAAUGCAAACAUUUGGGUUGCACCAAGGCAGUGGAGUUGGCCAUUGAAUUUGCCACUUGAGUUCUUCGGGAUCUUUGGUGCCAAAACAUUGAAAGACGAGGACUUGUCAACUCCUUGGGCGGACGACAUUGAGCAAAAGGUUCUCAGUGCACCUGAAGUUGGGCUUGGGCCUUAUGUGGAGGUUGCUUUCUAUCAUAAGCGCUCAAGAUCACUUCUGGUAACCGAUGCUGUGAUUUUUGUCCCAAGAAAGCCACCUGACUGUAUUGGUAAAGAUUCACUGUUAGCCUCUGCAAAGAAUGGCUUAGCAGUCAAAAUCCUUAGUAAGGGGAAGGAAGUAUCCGAGGAGCCUGUUGUCGAUAAUCCAAUGAAUCGUCAGAAGGGUUGGGAAAGAAUGGUUCUGCAGAUCCUAUUCCUCGGUCCAUCUAAUCUCUUAGAACCCAAUGCCAGUUUUGCUCAGAUGUCCCAGAAAUUAAUAGUAUCACCCAUCGUAAAGACACUAGUAUUCAGCAAAGUACCAGAAAAGGUGAGGGAUUGGAUAGAUAGGAUCGGGAAGGACUGGAGAUUCAAGAGGAUCAUCCCAGCCCAUUUCGCUGCUCCAGUGAAUGCCAGUAGGUCAGAUUUCAUGGCUGCAUUUGCAUUUCUGGACGAUCUAUUGGGGGAACGAUAUGCUACUCGGCCAUCACUAUCUCUCCUCUUCGCAUCCAUCAUGGGGAAAGCUGCAACUUACUUCCCUCCGGAUGACAUGAAGACUCUAUCAUCCCUUGAUCAGUUCUUAGUUUCUGUUGGUGCAGUCAAGAAGACUGUCUCAGGCCGCCGGAAGAGAAAAGCAGCAUUCUAGAACUGCAAUGUAAGCAUCAUCUGUCUCUAGUACUUGCUGUUGAUAAUGCACAAAUACUUGUGCCAUAGUUUAGUCGUCAUAGUGAUUCCAAAUUUCACGAAGUUGAAUAUAUAUACCUUCGAUUUAAGCACGCAUCAACAGUUUCGACCCACAUUUUCUGCGUUUCCUCGGAUUUCAAAUAUUUUUGCAGAACAAGUCGCAAUGGCUGUGGGUUUCUUGUGUCCUUUGUGGUCAUGGAUCAUGUGGACGAAUUUGUCAUGAUUAACGUUAGGAGUCCGAUGAAGGGAUAUGUGUUGCUUGUUGUUAUGAUGUGAUUGUCGUUGGAACAUUGUUUAUAUGUUUGGUGAAAUUGGACUAUCGGUUGGCCAUAACUGUGGUACCCGCCAAAACAGAAUUCGUCCAUAUAAUGAAAAAUUUGGCCGGCGUCCCAUUCCCCAUAAAAAAAACAUCAUAAAGGCUAAAGCAAUCUAUUUCAUACAAGAAUCUACUAAUCACCAACAAUUCGGUUGAACAUUUUCUAUGAACACUGCUAGUCUAAUUGAAUAUAGAAUAAGAGUUUGG